UGGCAAUACAUUUUAUUAUUUACGGUUUUUAUAAAUAAAUAAGACGACAGACGGAAGUUUGUGGCUCAUCCUUUUUCAGGAUUUUUGUAGGGAAUUGCAAAUUUAAUUCUUGUUCACUCAUUUGUAUUCUAAAAUUGUGUUAAGAUAAUUAUUUUACUUUUUUUCUAUGCUGUCGUAAUUAUUUAUAAUAAAAAAUGAAUGUCAUUCAUUGCGGUUCUCGGUUUCUACUGAAUUCUAGUUUCAGACGUUUGUAUCCUGCAUGUAAUAAAAGAAGCCUAUCACAUUACCCGAUAGAUGAUAAAAUUAGUGGUUUAAAUGAAGAACAACAGCAGCUGCGAGAGACCAUCUUCCAGUUUGCUCAGAAAGAACUUGCUCCUUUUGCUCAAGAAAUUGAUAAGAAUAACAAGUUUCCAGAAUUUAAAGAAUUUUUCAAGAAGCUUGGCAAUUUGGGAGUUCAUGGUUUAACUGUGCCUGUGAAAGAUGGUGGAGCUGGUGUUGGCUAUUUGGAACACUGUAUUGUAUUGGAAGAACUCUCUCGUGCAGCUGCAGGUGUUGCACUUAGCUAUGGUGCUCAUUCGAACUUGUGUGUGAAUCAGAUUGCCAGAAAUGGUAAUGAAAAACAAAAGGCUAAAUAUUUACCUAAGCUCAUUAGUGGAGAGCAUGUUGGAGCUUUGGCAAUGAGUGAAGCUGGCUCUGGCUCUGAUGUUGUAUCAAUGAAACUGAAAGCAGAAAAGAAAGGUGAUUAUUAUCUGUUAAAUGGAUCAAAGUUUUGGAUUACUAAUUUUGCUAUAGCAGAUGUUCUUAUAGUAUAUGCUAAAACAAAUUUUGAUACCAAGCCUCAGCAUGGAAUUAGUACUUUUAUUAUUGAAAAGGGAAUGGAAGGCUUUAGUGUUGGUACACCUCUUGAUAAAUUAGGAAUGCGAGGAUCUCCCACUGGAGAAUUAAUCUUUGAGGAUUGCAAAGUCCCAGCUGAAAAUUUAGUUGGUGCAGAAGGUAAAGGCGUUUAUGUUCUGAUGAGUGGAUUAGAUUUGGAAAGGCUUAUCUUAGCUGCUGGUCCUAUUGGGAUAAUGCAAGCUUGCUGUGAUAUAACAUUUGAUUACGUUCACCAGCGUAAACAAUUUGGACAAAGAAUUGGAGAAUUUCAGCUGAUACAAGGUAAAUUGGCUGAUAUGUAUACAACUCUGAAUGCCUGUAGAACGUAUUUGUAUAGUGUUGCCAGAGCUGUUGACCAAGGUCAUGUGAAUUCUAAGGAUUGUGCUGGUGUCAUAUUAUACUGUGCUGAAAAAGCUACACAAAUGGCACUGGAUGCUAUACAGUGCUUAGGUGGCAAUGGAUAUAUAAACGAUUAUCCUACUGGUCGGUUACUUCGGGAUGCUAAACUGUAUGAAAUUGGUGCUGGAACGAGUGAGAUUCGACGAAUGAUUAUUGGAAGAGCUUUGAAUAGUGAAUAUAAAUAAUUCAACUGAAUUUGGAACAAUUGACCGAACAAAUGAAUCCUGACUUGAAAAUCUUAUUUUUGAUAUUUUUAAAAUCUUAGCAGCUACAUUUUAUAUUUGCUGUUAUGAAAAAAAAAAAAAUCACUGUAGAGUUUUAUGACAAUGAAUUAUGCUAUUUGUUUGUUUUUUGAGAAAAUUAGCCAAAUUUUGAUGUUGUUAAAAUGUUUAUUGUUGAAUAAAUAUUUUAUAUUUUGCAUUUA